AUAAUCAUUAAAAUACGAUCACAAGUCUUCAAAGUUAUUGCUGAAUAUCAAAUAUUCUAUAUUAUUUAAAAAGAAUCUGCAUUGCUAUUCAUAAUAAUUUAUUUACAAAAUAUUGAAUACAUAAAGUUGACACGUUUCACAGUAUAUGCUGAGAGGACGCUUCAGUAAAUUGUUGGAAAUCAUGGAAUAAAAAUUGUCAACAAAUGAUUGGGAAAUAGUUUGGAGUCUAUCUUUUUUAAUUAUUAAACCUAACAAAUGAAGACAUAGCCCAAUAAUUCAUGUAAUACUUCACAUAGCAAUACUAUCUAAAAUCAACAAAAAUAUUCUUCAUCGAAAUAAGCUUGAAUAAUUUUUAGUAUCAAUGAUAAAAUAACCAUAAAUAAUCAAUCGAGGAAUAACAAGAUCUGAAGAAUUUGAAAAUGAAUUCAAUGUCUGUACAUUGGUAAUAAAUACGCAGUUAAUAGUCAAUCAUCAGACUGGAAUCAAUUUAUAAAGAUGGAUUAUAAUAAACUUCAUCCUGAAAAUAGCCAAGAGACCGGUGUACUGAAAAUACUCUGUUUUGACUUAUCCAAAUUUAGUGAUAGAGCUAGAUUCUUGUGGUGUUCUUUUGGAGUAUUCUUUUUUUAUAUAAUUUAUGGAUAUCUUCAAGAGUUAAUAUUCACUUUAGAUGGAUUUAGGCCAUAUGGAUGGUACUUGACUCUCAUUCAAUUUGCUUAUUAUACUAUAUUUGGAUACCUAGAAUGUACGUUGAAGGGAAUAUCACGGAGAAUUCCUUGGUCAACUUAUAUUAUUCUGGCAUUUUUAACCCUCGGCACCAUGGGUUUCUCUAAUUCAUCUCUUGGUUACCUAAAUUAUCCUACGCAGGUCAUAUUUAAAAGUUGUAAAUUGAUACCAGUACUCAUAGGUGGAAUUAUAAUCCAAAAGAAACAAUAUGGAAUUUUAGAUUUUAUUUCUGCAGGCUUAUUGUGUAUUGGACUUGUUCUAUUUACGUUGGCUGACAGCAUGAUUUCUCCACGAUUCAGCAUUAUCGGAGUUAUAAUGAUAAGCUCUGCCUUGAUAUGCGAUGCUAUUAUAGGAAACCUUCAGGAAAAAGCUAUGAAACAAUAUAAGGCUACAAAUACUGAAGUAGUCCUUUAUUCUUAUAGCAUAGGAUUUUUAUAUCUCUUUAUUAUCCUCCUUGUGACAGGAGAAUUACAAAAAGGAGUAGCAUUUUGUUCUGAUCAUAUUUUGGAAACCUAUGGAUACGCCUUACUUUUUUCCGUCUCUGGAUAUUUAGGAAUCCAAAUAGUUUUAACACUCGUCCAAAACAGUGGUGCCUUUAUUGCUGCCACAGUAACGACUUGCAGAAAAGCCAUUACGAUAAUGAUAAGCUUCUUGUUUUUUUAUAAACCUUUUACAAUGCAAUAUUUGUGGUCUGGUCUGUUGAUAAUUUUAGGAAUUUAUUUAAACAUAAACAGCAAAAAACGUAAUAAUAAAUUUGAGCUCAAAGACAUUUGUUCAGCAAUAAACCAAUGUUGGACAAAGCACAAUAGAAUUCAAAGGCAAAUGAUGAUGAAUGUGUGAUAAAAAUAAGGGAAUAUUAUAGAUAUUAUAAUCAUGACGAUAAUAACAUAAAGAAUAAAAAAUAAUAACUAUUAUAAGUAAGAAAUUAGUAUUUAAUGACAAAUAGAUGACAAAAAAUUUUUUGAAUUUGUUAAAUAUUCCUUUUUAUGGAAUGUAUUUUAUUUUUUAUUUGUAAAAUUGUUGUGAAGAUUACAUAACAAUUGACAUAAUGUCUCUAAAGUUGGUAAAUAACACUAAAAAUAUGAAGAAAAAAAAGACGCAUUAUUUGUUUUAAAAUAAAGAUGAAACUACAUUUAUUUACAUGUGACAAACUAAUAUCCUGAAUUCUUAUCAAUAUAAAUUGAACAUUGAAUUAAUAAAAUAUUUAGCUUAAAAUGAAAUUGAUUGUUACAGUGUAUUCAAGGUUUAAUUAGUUUUAUUCGCCUAUGUACUCACGUAAUAUCCGCAUAAGUCCAAGGUGCAUGUUACAAUAUCUCCAUUAUCCAUGGAACAAUGGUUAUGAUAAAUAUUAAAAAAUAUUGAAAAUGAAUGUGAUGUACAGGCACAGUUUAUACCUUAUUCAAAAGGUCUAAUCAAAUAAUAUAAUUCAAUUGAUAAGAUCAAAUUUAUAUAUGAAAAUUAUUAGCUUAUGAGCUUACAUUAUGUUUCAGCAAAGAAUGAUAUUUUUUACACCGGGAUGGGUAUCCGAUGAAGAUUAAAAACCGUCUAGUCCAUUAAAGGGUUAAGACUGUAUUGUAUGUGAUAUCCCGUCAUCGUCACUUACGUCACCGUCAUUGUCUUACCUCGUCCUUAUCAACUGUUUAUCUCUUGCGAUCAUUAGAUCCACUUCGCCGCGAACGGGACCUACGAUUACGACUGCCACUGCGCGAUCGUCUGGACCUAGAAAAAUAUAUCAGUGAAAUAAUUGAUAUUACUGUGAUUUUAUUCAAUUAUAAAUAAAUAACGAACGCUUAAUAAAUAUUAUGAAUUCUAAAA